UCUCUCGGGGGCUCAGAUCCCACGCUCUCUCAUUUGGCGCGCGCGCGCGAGAGAGAGAGAGAGAGAGAGAGAGAGAGAGAGAGAGGAGGGGAUCGUGCAACAAUGGCGGAGAGGAAGCGAGUGGUUGUGGUGGGGGGAAGCGGGUACUUGGGGCAGCACCUUCUAGAAGCGCUUUCCCGAAGCGCCGGAGACCACCGCGUCGACCUCGCCUUCACCCACCACCGUCCGAUCCCUCCGCCGGAGCUCCUCGAAGCCAUACCCGCCGUCCGUCCCUUCCGCGUCGACCUCCGAACCGGCGAGGGAUUCGAUGCCGUCGCCGCCUCCUUCGGCCAGCCGCAUGUGGUGGUUAAUUGUGCUGCGCUCUCCGUUCCUCGCGCUUGCGAAACGGAUCCUGCUGCUGCUAUGGCGACUAACGUGCCCUCGUCCCUUGUUAACUGGCUACUGAGCUUCGGCAAUUCCAACUAUCUCCUGGUCCAUCUUUCAACCGAUCAAGUUUAUGAGGGGGUCAAAUCAUUUUACAAAGAAGAUGAUGAGACCAUUCCAGUGAAUAUGUACGGUAAAUCUAAAGUGGCUGCAGUGCAGUUUAUUAGGGAAAAAUGCUCAAAUUAUGCCAUCUUGCGAAGCAGCAUAAUAUUUGGGCCGCAGACGAUUUCACCUGUCUCUAAGUCCCUCCCCAUACAGUGGAUUGAUUCUGUUCUUUCACAAGGUCGGGAAGUUGAAUUCUUCUACGAUGAGUUCCGGUGCCCUGUUUAUGUCAAAGAUGUGGUGAAUGUUAUCUUAUCUAUAACAAAAAUGUGGAUAUCAGAUGGUAAGAAGAUGCAGCUACUUCUCAAUGUCGGCGGACCUGAUAGGGUGUCGAGGUUGCAAAUGGCUGAGGCAGUUGCAGAUUUUAGAGGAUAUGACCACUCCCUAAUCAAAUCCGUAUCUGCAUCAUCUGUCAACCGAGGAGUUGUCUCCCCAGCAGACAUAUCGAUGGAUAUAAGCAGAUUGGUUGAACUGCUUCGAUUCAAACCUAUUUCUUUUCGAGACGGAGUCGAAGCAACCCUGGGGAUCAGUAAUAGUUCAUGACGUUCGAGAGCAGUAACAUAGCUUUUGUUGCAUUCCUUUUUGUUCAUUUAUUGGUCUUAAUCCCAUUAUAUACAGAUCUUUAUCCUCUCUUUAUACCGUGUCAUGUUUUGGAUGAUUUCUAUUCCAAUCCAUUUUGAUUCCGGCUCCAAUUCCAAUAGCAAA